AUGCUUUUAGUAGUCUACUUCUUCUUUUUUUUAGCUAUCUUCUCUAUCUUUACUUCUUUUAACCUUAAAAGCUAUAGUGUUCUUAAUAGAAGCUAUAAGUAUUAUAAAUUUAUAGAUUUAGUAGGUAUUACGUUUAUAGAUUAUAGUAUUACUUCUAAAGUAGACUAUAAACAGAUAUAUAGUAGGCAGAAACCUAAAGUAAAAAUAAUAUUUAGUAGAUUUACGCUAUUAAGGUAUAAGUUCUAUAAAAGUAUAACUAGGACGCUAACCUUUAGUAAUAAGUAUAAAGGCAGUAGACUUAGAGGCUUAAAAGACUAUAAAACUUCUAUAGAAGCUAUAGAAUCUAUUAUAAUUAGCUUAAUAAGGUUACUAGAGAAGGCUAGUAUAUAUAAGAUAGGAACUUAUCUAAACUAUAAAAUACUUUUAUCUAAAGUAGCUAAUAUAUAA